GUUUAUUCACAAUGGAAGAGAAUCCAUUUGAAUCCAAUGAACGCCAUGAUAAUGUGAAUAAAUCUAACACUAUAGUCUUGCUCACAUAAGUACAUCAGAUUACCCUUAAACAAAUAGCUGGACACGAAAAUUUCAUACUAGAACAUACAACAAUAGAAAAAAACAAGAAGAAAAAACAGGCAGGUUAGUAACCACCUUAACAUUAAGGUUAGCAUAGAAUGUUGUUUUCCUUUUGUCUUGAUUUUAGAAUGGGUAAAAUGCUUCUUUGUUAAAGUAUAUUUGAGUAUAUAUCAUUCCCCUUAGAACUAAAACCCACUGGUCUGGGAACAGUUGGGCUCUUCCAGCCUUAAUGUAGAAUUUUUUUUAAAAAACACGGUACGGAACGGAACUGACUCACGUUCAGAUUCAAAUAAAUCCCUCCUGCUGUGAAGAUCUCGCGAUGUUUUCCCUCGGUGACGCUAAUUCUCGUGCGCGAGGUGAUUUUUUUUUUCAAACCGUCCAAUCAGCGCAGGCGGCUGGACGCUCCAGCUCGAACAGACCAAUCAGAGGGGUUUGUAGCAGGAAUUUAAAGAUCAGCGGCGUUUUCUCAACAGACCACUACUUCUGCUGGAGAAAGAGGAAAAAAACCCCCACAAACUUCAACUUUUGCUUCACUGCUGCUGAGCUCCUGUGUGACUUGAAAAAAUGUCUGAGAACAGCGCUCGUCUGAACAAGUUCAAGAACAAAGGCAAAGACACCAAUGAGCUUCGCCGUAGGAGGGUGGAGGUGAACGUAGAGCUCCGCAAGGCCAAGAAAGAUGACCAGAUGUUCAAAAGGAGAAACGUGGCUGCGUUUCCCGAAGAGGCCACUUCUCCACUUCAAGAAAGAAACCAGAACUGUCAGGCGUUGAGACAGUGGACGGUGGAAGAGAUUGUAGCAGGACUGAACAGCGGAACCACCGAGUCCCAGCUUCAGGCCACACAGGCUGCACGGAAGCUGCUGUCCCGCGACAAACAUCCCCCCAUCGACCAGAUGAUCAGCGCUGGGCUCAUCUCCAAGUUUGUCUCCUUCCUGGGGCUGGCAGAUUGUCCUCCAAUCCAGUUUGAGGCAUCCUGGGCUCUGACCAACAUCGCCUCCGGGACGUCUGAGCAGACGGCUGCUGUCGUGGAGGGCGGGGCCAUCCCUGCCUUCAUCAGCCUGGUCUCCUCCCCACACCAGCACAUCAGCGAGCAGGCAGUGUGGGCCCUGGGAAAUAUCGCUGGUGAUGGAUCAGCUCUUAGAGACAGGGUGAUCAAGAAUGGAGCUGUGACCCCUCUGCUCAGUCUGCUGGCCGUUCCUGACCUCGCUGUAUUUAGUGCCGGCUACCUGCGAAAUGUGACCUGGACGCUGUCAAACCUUUGCCGCAACAAGAACCCGUCCCCUCCAAUCGGUGCGAUCCAGCAGAUCCUCCCUGCUCUGAUCCGUCUGCUGCACCACGACGAUCUGGAGGUGUUGGCGGACGCCUGUUGGGCCGUUUCCUACCUGACAGAUGGUCCUAACGAUCGCAUCGAGGUGGUGGUGCAGACUGGUGUGAUCCCUCGUCUGGUGAAGCUGCUCGGCUUCGAAGAGCUGCCUGUGGUUACUCCUGCGCUGCGUGCCAUCGGCAACAUCGUGACCGGUACAGAUGAGCAGACCCAGGCGGUGCUGGAUGCCGGAGCCCUGGGCAUGUUCCCCAAACUGCUGCGCCACAAGAAGGCCAACAUCCAGAAGGAGGCGGCCUGGACUCUGUCCAACAUCACAGCAGGGAAGGACACCCAAAUCCAGGAGGUCAUCAACGCAGGCCUCGUUCCAUACAUGAUUGAAGUGCUAGUGAGGGGCGACUACAAAACUCAGAAAGAGGCCGUGUGGGCGAUUACAAACUUCACCAGCGGGGGCACCGUUCAGCAGGUGGUCUACCUGGUCCAGGCCAACGUGAUCGAGCCUCUUCUGAAUCUGCUCUCCUCCAAGGACAGUAAAACCGUCCUCGUCAUCUUGGACGCAAUCACCAACAUCUUCCUGGCCGGGGAUAAAAUUGGAGAAUCAGACAAGCUGAGUCUGAUGAUUGAAGAAUGUGGUGGACUGGAUAAGAUUGAGGCGCUGCAGGCUCAUGAGAACGAGACGAUCUACAGAGCUGCCCUCAAUCUGAUCGAGAAGUAUUUCUCAGAAGAGGAGGAGGAGGUGCAGUGUGUGGCCCCAGAAGCAACCAACGACGGUUAUGCAUUCCAGAUCAGUGAAACCCAGAGCACUUUCAACUUCUAGAUGAUUUUUCUACCUCUACUGUGAACUGUACUCUUCCCUCAUCGCUACUGUGUGUCCUUUUGUUCAUGUGCUGCUUUUGUACGUGUUGUACAUAUUGUUUUACCAUGACUGAUGAAACAAGUUUGUAAAUAAAGCAGGUGGAUUAUG